ACUAACAACAGCAGCAGCAGCAGCAGCAGCAGCACACACAGCAGGAAUAACAUGGCCAGCUUUCCUCCUAUCUACAAUCCAAGCAUGCCCUUCCAGAGUGCAGUACUUGGGGGAAUUUGUGAUGGCAAGAAAGUGACUAUCCAGGGCUUAGUACACAGCCACUGCACAAGGUUUGCAGUGAACUUCAUUUGCUUCAACAAUGACAUUGCAUUUCACUUUAAUCCACGGUUUGAUGACGGCCAUGUGAUUGUAUGUAACACAAUGCAGAGCAGCAAAUGGGGCUCAGAAGAGAGGACAAAGCACAUGCCCUUCAAUAAGAAUGGCUCCUUUGAGAUAGCAAUACUUGUACUUGGACAUGCCUUCCAGGUCUCCGUUAAUGGACAGUAUAUUUUGGAAUACCGCCAUCGUGUUUCUUACCAAAGUAUCCAGUCAAUCCAAGUCAAUGGAGACGUUAGUCUUAGUGUAGUUACCUUCACUGGGCCCUCGUUUCAGACCCAUAUGUCACCAUUUCCACCACCAUAUUCCGCCACCCCAAACUAUACACAAAAUCCAUUCAUGACUCCAGCAUACACAGCCCCCUUGGCUUCAUGCCCACCUGUUUUUGCAGGGUCUAUGGCCCCUAAGACUCAGAAGGGACCUAUGACUAUAUAUAACCCGACAAUGCCCUUUCAAGCUGCUCUACAAGGGACAUUUACAAAGAACCGCAAAAUCAUCAUAGUGGGGAAUGUGCCUUAUGGAGCAGACAGGUUCCAUGUUAACCUCUUAAACAGUGGCUCAAGGAAUAUCUACCUCCAUGUUGCCCCACGCUUCAAAGAGGGUGCACUAGUGCGAAACACUCAGGAUAGGGGGACUUGGGGGCCUGAAGAGAGACACAUGUCCUACAUGCCUUUUGUUCCAGGACAGCAGUUUCAGAUGGAGAUCAGAAAUGAAGGAGGUUGCUUUGGGGUCUCUGUUAACAGCGCAAAGGUUUUCACCUAUGUUCAUCGUUUACCUGGCAACCAGAUUGACAUGAUGGAGGUGGCUGGAGAUGUUACCUUGACCUACAUACAGUUCUGACAUGCCCUGGCUGAAAAUGCUCAGAGAACAAAAAGCCAUUACAUCUCUCCUACAUUUUAAAAGUAAAAUAAAUCAAAUCCAUUAUCUCUUAACCAAAGUAAAGAUCCAAUUUUGUAUUCUAUAUUUGAUUUAUUAUAUGAUAUACACAAUUUUAUAAUGUUUCCUAGAAUGUGGUCACCUCCAAUAAUGUUUUCCUUCUAAACCUAAAUUUUCUCAAGAAGGAAAUCAGGAGACCAAAUUAAAUAGGACUCAUUUAAAUAACUUUAUUCUAUGUCUAAUCUUUGUAGCUUUCGAAAUACUUCAAUAUAAAAAUAAAGAAAGUUUAUACAGGGAG